AUGUCAUCGACAUCAACCCCAGCGCCGCCUAAAAAGCAGCGAUAUGAUAACGAGGUGGAGUGUGAGCUGGCGAAACGCGGAUGUUGGCUCGUCAAAGUUCCCAGAUACCUCUCGGAGCUCUGGGAGGCAAAUGAGGGAGCAGUGGUUGGGAAAUUGCACAUUGGACCGGAGAUCGAAUUCCAAACAAGCCAAGGUCUGCGUCAACCACCACCAAAAGACGAGGGAGAGGGAACGUCAUCUACCACCACCAACACCGCGGUCACGUCUUCUAGAGUCUCUGAAAUACCCACACAGUACACAUUCAUCCUUCACGACGUCAAAGGAUCCACAAUGAGUGUUUUGAGUGAGGAUAAGCAGGCUUUGGGAGCCGAAGCAACUGUAAAGACCGGCAAAUUGGCUAUCGAGGGAAGAAUCAUGAAACGAGCCGAGUGUCGGCCGCCGGCGACGUCGAAAUAUAUGAAGAUGAAGUUGGCGCAUAUUGUGAAGAAUACACAGCCAAAGAAGACUGUUAAAAUGAUUGAUAAGGCGGCGGUGAAGUUCAAACCAGUGGCUGUGCAUGCUGAGGAUAUGAUUAAGAACAAGCAGAAGAAGGAUGGUGCGAAAACGUACAGAGCCGAUCGAGAUGUGCUCAGAGGAGCGCUGUUCAAGGCGUUCGAGAAGCACAGCUAUUAUAGAUUUGAAAUGAUAUAUCCAGAAGUUUGGAAAAUUUGA